AAACAAACAUAUCCCACUCUCUCCUUUUUUUUCCAAAUAAACUGCGUGUCGUUUAAAUCGCACAAAAACGACGCGUGCUUUGUAGUUUUCCCGCCAUACAACACAAAGCCCCCUCCCUGAAAUCGAGAAACUCACGGUUUCUACUUUUUAAGCAGCCUCUCUUCUCUUCCGGCGAUGACGGCCAAGCGGAACCGUAAGAAUAAGAAUACCCGACCUUCGAAUUUACCCGAGGAGCCGUUCAACUUAUUCCGAUCCAUUGCUUCAGCAAUUACGUCCUCUCAGGUUUCUCAUAAGCCAAUUUUGGAACGUCUAUUGUACUUUCUGGGUCAUUCGUCGUUAACCCAACCAACGAAUUCGGAGAAUUGUGACAUCGCCUCACAUUGUUGGAAUAUCAAGCUCAGUGGUGAGCAAGUGGAAUGGAUCAGUUUCGAGGAUGUUUGUUACCUCUCAGAUGUUUUGUUCAGAGAGCUUGAUAGGAGUUUUGAAUUCCUGUUCUCCACUUUAUUCAAACGAAAGGCUGAGACUUGUUGUCCCACAGAAGAAAGUAUUCGGUUAGCUACUCUCUUCUUAAGAUGUUGUUUGAAGAUCAUGGCUUUGCUUUUGCCCAAACCAGAGCUGGUUCUUGAGAAAGCCAAAACAGUUCACUUAAUUCUCAGUGGAUUGGUUCGUGUAAGCAAUGAGGAUUGUUCUUUUGUAUACACGCAUGACGGAUUGUUAGAUCCCCGCCAUACAUUUCUUUGCACAUGGAUUGAGGUUUUUAUGGAUGAGAUUUUGGUGAAUAAGUCAAUCAGGGGUCUGUUGUUCCUCGUGGAUUCUGCAUCCUCCUCGUGUAGAUUGUUCCCUAAGCAUCAUAGGGACAGUGUGGUGGAAAUGGAAAUGGUUGCUGCUCAUUUUAUCAUCUCGACAUCUGAUGCAAAAUUGAAUGAAAUGUGUGUUGAGAGAUUAUACUGGAAACAACUCAAUGCAGUUAGAGCUUCUCAGUUAAGCUUGAGUGCUGCUGCGUCCUUGCUACUAAACCCGUUGAUGUUUUCUGCACCAAGUUUCAUCCAUGCCCAUGUUGUUUUACUAGUUUCUGACGCCAUCGGUAUUUGUGUUAAGGGAUUAGACCUUCACCAUAUUGCUCGCUAUAUUGAUGCAUUUGAAAAGUCUGUGGGUUUGUAUACAAACAUCAUGUGUAAGAGUGAGGAUGCCUCACCCGGGAAGUUUGGUGUUCGGAUGAAUAAAUCUCCAGUGGCUUUUGAACGUCAUCUUUUGCCCUCAACACUGGAGAAAGUAAACGAUGUUACACUGAAACUAACUGAUUCAUUGGGUGCAUAUCAAAUUAGUAAUGCCAAGAGAGAAAGCAAUGAGCUGGUCGCGUGUUCUGUUGCAUACGCAAAGGAAAGCUUAUGCAUAUUUGAUAGCUCCUGCUCAGAAAAGAUGUUGUCUCAGACCUUAUCAAUUAUUGGUUGUGUGAUACUUAGAGCUAGUUCUGAUGAUGUCAUGGACUCUGCGUUGCAAAAAUACUACGCAUCUAGUAUGGAAAAUUUAUGUCUGCUUGCAUCCAUACUGAAGUUGAUGAGUUGUUCGGUUUUGCAAGCGAUUCGAGUUCUCAGGUAUUGGAACUCGCAUCAACCUGAAGCCGUAGGUAAUGUUCAAGCUUGCAAGGAAUACAAGGCCCUGAUGGAUAUUGUUCAACGUUUUGAACAGUUCAAGGUUCAAUUGCCCGGUCAAAGUUUCCUACGCGAUAUAAUGGAAUCUCUUCCAAACAGUCAUGUGAAAUCUAAGUGGAUGCUAACGCAUUAUUCAGGCUUACUAUCUGUAAGCUUCGCCCUCAAGCUUGACUUUCUAGUGAAGGGUUCCGUUUUUGGAAUGGUGAUAUCUAUGUAUUUAUUUAUCCUAGAAGGGGGUGACUUGGAAGCACUUGGGAAUUCAGUUUGUCACUCAGAAAAUCCAUCAUGUUCGAUGCCAUCCAGUGGUUCUGAAAUCUUGGCAGCUUCUGGUAAAGCUGAGGAGACUUCGGUAGAUAGGAAACAAAGCGGGGCUGUUGCUUUGAAGUUUCACAAAAUCCGAACUUUGUAUUUGGGGAAGAUGUCUGAAGCUAAAGAUCCAGAGAGUGGUCCAGAUUCAGGAGUUAGUGUUGAAGAGGAAAGCUGCAAUGCGGAGAGCUUUUUGUGGUGUAUGGCCGGAAAAGGUAAGGUGAAAAAAUCCGAUGUUGAGGAGUUGGCAGAUUUCAUAGUAUGUGAGCCCGGUAAGGACUACUCCGACUGGCUAAAAGGGAGAGAACGAUUUCGGAAGCAACGGUGGAACAAGAUUGUUCCCCAAAGGUGGAACAAGAAGCAAAAAGCUUGGAGAGAGAACAAACGAAAAGUGUCUAUAACCAGAAAGUAAAUCUUCUGUACUAAAAGAGCUACUCAUGUAGAAAUGUCAUCACAUUAGUCAUGAUAAUUUUGUAGAAAUGGUCUAUGCUUUCAACUAUUCCCUUCUUAGUAACAAGUAACAACCACAGAUUUAAUCGUGGGAAUUCUAUCAGUAACGCCCUUGCAAAGAGUAAAGAGAGGAAAAGAAAUAUCAAAACUAGAGCAUAACAUAAUGACAGCUAUAAAAUGUAACAAAAACUGUCAUCUUCUUUCAAAGUUAAAGCCUCAACAACAGAAGAGAAAACAACAAAGAA